AUGGUGGGCAAGAAUAGAAGGACAAAGUUCUUUGCUCAGAGGCAACAACUGCCAUGGCCAGCUCCUGCUACAGCGUUGGUGGCCUGCAUCUUAUUCCCCUGCACUGUGGCACUUCGAGCACUGCAGGCAUGCAUCUCCUCGGGCAUCAUCUCCGGAGGAACCCCAUUGCCCCCAGUCACCUUCCCUUGGAUUGCAUGGCCUGUUCUGAUGAUGGGAGCUCUUUGGUUUAGGCACUUGGAGGGAGCUUGGUUCACAUCAGCAGCAGUCACCGGACGAGCGAUUGCGGCUGCUGCCUUGUUGGGCGUUUUAGAUGGAUGUUCGUCAUCCUUGGAUUUCUUUGUGACGCAGGGCUGUGGCAAUACCGCCAAUAGGCAGGGGGUGAUACUGGCUGUGGUUCGAGCUGCUGACAUUCCACUAGCAGCCGGCCUGUCCGCUGCGUUGAUUGCAUAUCGUGUGCAGGUGUCCUACUUUGCCACAGUGAGCAGUGCAGUUCUCUUCUCUCUUCCCACAGCAUUGGGUCUGGCUUCGGCUUCAAUCCUGGCUUCCUUUGGAGAAGAGGCUGCAACGCCACUGAUGCCGCCAACUCGUCUCUGUGGAGACAACCUGCUCUUUGCAGCUGUAGGAGCUGCUGCUUUAUGUCGAGCCUUUCGUUGCGCUGCGGGUGCAUUUCUGCUGCAACAAGCAGGAGUCGAAAACUCUUUGGGCGGGCUUUUCUUCGUCGGAGGAUUCAGUGGAUUCUUUGGUUCGAUGCUGGUCUUGCCAAUGAUGCUUGGCCAGUCACACUUGGCUCUUAAGCCGUGGAGUCCAUGGAGUCCCGAUAUGUGGAGUCCGUGGACGGAGUCAGAGUCGAUGCGGUUGGAUUUCGCAGUGAUGACCGCAGCAGUUCUCUUCCUGGGCACUGCUGACACCGUUUCAAGGCUUGCUGUGCUUCGACAUUCGGAUGCCAUCACUGCAGCUUCUUUGGAUGCUGGACUGAUGCCUUUGGCAACCCUCAUGGCGCACAGUACAGGCAGCACCUUGGCGGAUCGAGGCCUUUGGGUGCCCACCGAGUCCCUGGCUCUUGUGGUGCUUCUCUUCAGCUUCCUGGUGCAGCAUCAACUUGCGCAGCACUCGCGAAGUCAGCUGGAUGAGAAACCAUUACACCAGACAAGCAACGCUGACUGGUUGGCUCACAUGCCAGAGGCCGGUGCUCCAAAUAUCAUCAAGUUGCCUGUGAUGCCCUUUGUGGAGUACAGGUCUGGCCGGUUGAUACCAGAUCAUGUUCUGGAGGUCCGCUGCUUGCGAGUGGAUGCACCUGAGUGGCGCUAUGAGCUCGUGCACAGCUGGCCCAGCGGCAUCUCCAUUUUCGUCGGCGAUCGACGUGUUUUAGUCAAAAAGCCUGAUGAAGAGCACUUUGAGGCACCUGGACCUCUGAACCUCACCAACUGGGUUGUGCGGAAACCGCUGGAGGUCAAUCAGCCCAUGCCGGUCAAAGUUGCUAUAUCAUCUACAAAAAGUGAGAUUUGGGCCAUUGGAUUUGUUAUUAGUGUGCCGAUCGUCCGGGAUGAGGAAGUCGUAGAGCAGGUCGUGAAGCUACAGCCACCACUGGAGGACCGCAUGAAGCUAGAUAUGGAAAGGGUUCGACUGUGGGUGAUGGAACACCGGCCAGACAGAGUGUCAAAGAAGGACACCCUCCGCUGCGUGGAACCACCGGUUCUCAAGCUCACGGACUGCACUAGCCUCCUACGCAUCGAACAAGCUGCACGGGGUUCAGCGUGUGAGCACUUGCAGUGCUUUGAUCUCAAUUCCUACAUCCACACCAUGCGCAACAUACCACCGAAGCACGCCUGGUGUUGUCCAAUUUGCGACAAGCCGGCACCGAUCCACCAACUUAGAUUGGAUGCUUUUGCCCAGUCUGUCAUCGACAGCACGGCAUCCAAUGUCACGGAAGUCCUUGUGGCAGACAAUGGAAAGUUCGAGGUCUCCGCUACCGAAGACGACUUACAGGAUUCUUCUGAUGAAGAGGCUCUGAAGGCUGAACAGGCCGCCCAGGCAGCUGCGACGACUACACCAGCAGCGCCUCGAGUUGCAGCCCCACAGCUGUCACAGGCAGAGUUGCAGCAAGCCGCCUUGAAUCUGGGCCGCGCCUUCUCUGCUCCCAAGGGGACGCUGACUGCGUCGCCGGCGUCGCCUCCGGAGCAGCCGCCGACGGCCAAAGAGAAUCAUAAGCCCAAAGAACGGAAAAGGAGCAGAAGCCCAAAGAGAGCUGGCCAGGAGUCUCCCCCGCAGGAAGAGCCCGUUGACAAAAUGAGAGCAUGGAAGGUCUUGCAGGGGCUGGAAAAGCCUCCGGAAAAGCCGAAGCCUCCUCCUCCAGAAGAAAAACCAGAGCCAGAGGAGACUCGCAUCGGCUGGCUGCCAGAUGGUGCAUCCUGCUCGCUAUGCUCAAAGAGUGUGGUCGAGAAGGGCGGAGUGUACUGCGGUCGGAAAAGAGCUCCAAAAGACUUUGGAGGCUGCUUCGAGGCGAUUUGUUGGAAGUGCAUGAACAAGCAACGUGACAAGAUCGGCAAGAUCAAGACCACAAAAAAUGAGUUCAGCACUCUUGGCCCUGAUGCUUGGUGGAUGCACGAGAAGUGCAUGAAGCCAGAGGCCCCAAGUGAAUGA